UUUCUGCCCUUGAGCACACAGGGCAAAUCUGAUCCAGUAAAGUAGACAGCGCGCGCACCACAAGUCCACAUUCUCACUUUCGGACACUUCACUAGUACUCACGCACCCUCCUCCGGUAAUUCAGCAUCCCCUGCAGAAGUAGGGCACCAUCCUCCCCUGACAAACCGACGGAGCGUGCAUUAAAAAACUCUCCGGCAGAGAGAGAUAAAGAUAAAAAACAAACACGGAAGAACCGCAUCCUCACUGCGGGAGGCGAUGCCGUUUCCACACGGACGCAAGUCGAGCGCUCGGACCAUGGACAGCAGCUGCUGAGUGAAGGAUGCGACCAGGCAGAUAUUUCUGAGCUUGGAAAAGGAGAAACCCACUUCAUGUGACCUUCGGGACAUAAAUAUGCUCUGCGGAGACGCAGUCCAGGAGCUGCUAUGGAUGUAGGUCCAAGUAAAAGCAUCAGCACCUUUGACCCAACAUAUCAGGACAGUGUCCAAACACACAGAAGUAAGACCGAAGUCAAUACACAAAAAAAUAAACUUGCUUUACAAAAACUCCCCUCAAACUUAUAACAACAAAACAUUUAUGCACAUUUUUCGAUAUAUCUGACUUUUUCCUUUUGGAGUAAACGAAAGCAUGGUCGUGGCGAAGUUAUGGGAUGUUUUAACCUGACCACAGGCGCUGCUGUUCCAUGUUAACACGUCACACCUCUGAACCCACGGUGGUCCCUUUCCCGUUUCUCCAGACUCUCGUAAAUCCCCUCUCGGUCGCGCGCCUGCCAUGCGUGCACACGCGGGACUCCUCUACCUGCUGGUGCACGUGCUGGCGAGAGCAAGAGGCCAGUACGACCUGUGCAAGUCUCUCGUGAGCACGGACGAAGGCUCCGUGUGGGAGCAUUAUGCGUGCCAACCCAAAGCCCAGGCCAUGAAGGAGUACAUGCGCAUCCGUGUCGAGCCGCCGGGCAUCACCUGUGGGAACCCGCCGGAGAGAUUCUGCACCCUGGAGAAUCCAUAUCUCUGCAGUGAUGAAUGUGACGCGUCUAACCCUGACCUGGCUCACCCGCCGCAGCUGAUGCAGGACCGCGAGCGCAGCGGCCUCAUCACCUACUGGCAGACGGUCACGUGGCGGCGGUAUCCCGAGCCUCUUCAGGCCAACAUCAGCCUGUCCUGGAACAAAACCCUCGAACUCACCGACGACAUUCAGAUCACCUUCGAAUACGGCCGGCCCACCAUCAUGGUGCUGGAGAAGUCGCUGAAUUUCGGCCGCACGUGGCAGCCCUACCAGUACUACGCCGACGACUGCGUGGACUCGUUCAACAUGCUGGCGAGAAGAGCGCGCGACCUGACCGUGGCCAACAUCACGCGCGUCAUCUGCACGGAGCAGUACUCGCGCUGGGUCGGGUCCAAGAACGAGAAGGUGGUGCGGUUCGAGGUGCGUUCCCGCUUCGCCAUUUUUGCCGGCCCGAGGCUGCUGAACAUGGAAGGCCUGUACACGCGGAUGGAGAGCAUGAAGGGUUUACGGGAUUUCUUCACGUUCACCAAUCUCAGGCUCCGUCUCCUCAAGCCCGCUCUCGGAGGAACGUACGUCCAGAGAGACAACCUGAUGAAAUACUUCUACGCCAUUUCUAACGUGGAGGUGCUGGCCAGGUGUAGAUGUAAUCUCCACGCAUCUCUGUGUUUGUAUGUGGACGGCAACUUACAGUGUCAAUGUGAACACAACACGACCGGACAGGACUGUCAGCGCUGCAAAAAAGGAUUCAAAGCCAAGACCUGGAAAUCAGGAUCCUAUUUACCAACACCCAACGGAUCCCCCAACACAUGUUCUCAGGCAUUGGCUGGUUCUUCUUCUGGUUCCAAUGCCCCUCCUGUACACCACGUCCCACCAGUUGAAAUAGAGCCUAAGGCACUUUAUACCACCAUGGAAGCCCCGCCCCAUACCACACCCCCUUCUUACAUUCUCAGUGAGGACACACCCCUGGAGGAGGGGCCUGUUCAUGCACAUAUAGAAAACAAAGACCCUCACAGACAUAAUCAUCAACCCAAGCAUCCAGGACAACACAUGAUUCCUGUUGAAAAAGAGAGGACACACCACAGAGAAAUUAAGAAACAGUUCAUCGAAGGUAUUGUUAGGCCAUUAAGAGUUUGUAAGAUAUCUAGUAUUGUGGUAGAUGUGGUUUUGCUGUUUAUAAAACACAACAUGGGGUAUGCGUGUGUGUUUGUGUGUACAUACCAACUUUGUGAUUAUCUGAAUGAUUGCACCCAAGCAUUACCUACACCACACCCAGUGGAGGAUACUGGGAAGGGUGAGGAGAUUUCUGGGAGGAAAGAGAAGAUUCCUGGGAAGCAUGAAGUAACUGAAGAAGAGUUUGUUGGGCCAAACUCAAUUCCAGAGCCUGUCAAACCAAUAUCGGGAUUUCAUAAGCCAAUGAAUAAAUAUCAUGUUCAUAAGUCAAUACCAGAAUCUCAUGAACCAAUACAAAAAUCACAUGAAUCAAUAAAAAUAAAUCAUGAACCAAAACAGAAAUCUCCAAUAGUAAAACUUCAUGAGCCAAUUCAUAAACAUCAUGAGCCAAUACCAGAAUCUCAUGAGCCAAUGCAUAAACCAUUUGAGACAAUCGUGAAUCCUCAUGAGCCAAUAGUGAAACCUCAUGAGUCAAUGCAUAACCCUCAUGAGCUAAUAGUAAUUCCUCAUGAGCCAAUGCAUAAACCACUUGAGACAAUGGUGAAUUCCCAUGAGCCAAUGCAUAAACAUCAUGAGCCAAUAGUGAAACUUCAUGAGCCAGGGCAUAACACUCAUGAGCCAAUAGUGAAUCUUCAUGAACCAAUAGUUAAACCUCAUGAGCCAACGCAUAAACCUCAUGAACCAUUAGUGAAUCCUCAUGAGCCAAUAGUGAAUUCUCAUGGGCCAGUAGUACAUCAUCAUGAGUCAAUGCAUAAACCUCAUGAUCCAAUAGUGAAUACUCACAAGCCGAUAGCGAAUCCUCAUGAGCCAAUGCUUAAACCUCAUGAGCCAAUAGUGAAUUCACAUGAGGCAAUGCAUAAACCUCGUGAUCCAAUAGUCAAUCCUCAUGGGCCAAUAGUAAAUACUCACACGCCAAUAGUGAGUCCUCAUGAGGCAAUGCAUAAACCUCGUGAGCCAGAGAAACCUCUUGAGCCAAUAGUGAAAACUCAUGAGCCAAUGCAUAAAACUCAUGGAUCAAUAGUGAAACCCCAUGAGCCAACAGUACAUCACCAUGAGGCAAUGCAUAAACCUUAUGAGCCAAUAGUACAUAAUCAUGGGGCAAUGCAUAAACCUCAUGAUCCAGUAGUGAAAUCUCAUGAGGCAAUGCAUAAACCUCAUGAACCAAUAGUACAUCCUCAUGAGGCAAUGCAUAAACCUCAUGAACCAAUAGUACAUCAUCAAGAGGAAAUGCAUAAACCUCAUGAACCAGUAGUACAUCCUCAUGAGCCAAUGCAUAAACCUCAUGAUCCAGUAGUGAAACCUCAUGAGCCAAUAGUACAUCAUCAUGAGCCAAUGCAUAAACCUCAUGAGUCAAUAGUACAUCCUCAUGAGGCAAUGCAUAAACCUCAUGAGCCAAUACUGUUUAUAAAACACAACAUGGGGUAUGCGUGUGUGUUUGUGUGUACAUACCAACUUUGUGAUUAUCUGAAUGAUUGCACCCAAGCAUUACCUACACCACACCCAGUGGAGGAUACUGGGAAGGGUGAGGAGAUUUCUGGGAGGAAAGAGAAGAUUCCUGGGAAGCAUGAAGUAACUGAAGAAGAGUUUGUUGGGCCAAACUCAAUUCCAGAGCCUGUCAAACCAAUAUCGGGAUUUCAUAAGCCAAUGAAUAAAUAUCAUGUUCAUAAGUCAAUACCAGAAUCUCAUGAACCAAUACAAAAAUCACAUGAAUCAAUAAAAAUAAAUCAUGAACCAAAACAGAAAUCUCCAAUAGUAAAACUUCAUGAGCCAAUUCAUAAACAUCAUGAGCCAAUACCAGAAUCUCAUGAGCCAAUGCAUAAACCAUUUGAGACAAUCGUGAAUCCUCAUGAGCCAAUAGUGAAACCUCAUGAGUCAAUGCAUAACCCUCAUGAGCUAAUAGUAAUUCCUCAUGAGCCAAUGCAUAAACCACUUGAGACAAUGGUGAAUUCCCAUGAGCCAAUGCAUAAACAUCAUGAGCCAAUAGUGAAACUUCAUGAGCCAGGGCAUAACACUCAUGAGCCAAUAGUGAAUCUUCAUGAACCAAUAGUUAAACCUCAUGAGCCAACGCAUAAACCUCAUGAACCAUUAGUGAAUCCUCAUGAGCCAAUAGUGAAUUCUCAUGGGCCAGUAGUACAUCAUCAUGAGUCAAUGCAUAAACCUCAUGAUCCAAUAGUGAAUACUCACAAGCCGAUAGCGAAUCCUCAUGAGCCAAUGCUUAAACCUCAUGAGCCAAUAGUGAAUUCACAUGAGGCAAUGCAUAAACCUCGUGAUCCAAUAGUCAAUCCUCAUGGGCCAAUAGUAAAUACUCACACGCCAAUAGUGAGUCCUCAUGAGGCAAUGCAUAAACCUCGUGAGCCAGAGAAACCUCUUGAGCCAAUAGUGAAAACUCAUGAGCCAAUGCAUAAAACUCAUGGAUCAAUAGUGAAACCCCAUGAGCCAACAGUACAUCACCAUGAGGCAAUGCAUAAACCUUAUGAGCCAAUAGUACAUAAUCAUGGGGCAAUGCAUAAACCUCAUGAUCCAGUAGUGAAAUCUCAUGAGGCAAUGCAUAAACCUCAUGAACCAAUAGUACAUCCUCAUGAGGCAAUGCAUAAACCUCAUGAACCAAUAGUACAUCAUCAAGAGGAAAUGCAUAAACCUCAUGAACCAGUAGUACAUCCUCAUGAGCCAAUGCAUAAACCUCAUGAUCCAGUAGUGAAACCUCAUGAGCCAAUAGUACAUCAUCAUGAGCCAAUGCAUAAACCUCAUGAGUCAAUAGUACAUCCUCAUGAGGCAAUGCAUAAACCUCAUGAGCCAAUAGUGCAUCAUCAAGAGGCAAUGCAUAAACCUCAAGAGCCAAUAGUACAUCAUCAUGAGGCAGUGCAUAAACCUCAUGAACCAAUAGUACAUCAUCAUGAGGCAAUGCAUAAACCUCACAAACCAAUAGUACAUCCUCAUGAACCAAUGCAUAAACCUCAUGAUCCAGUAGUGAAACCUCAUGAGCCAAUAGUACAUCCUCAUGAGGCAAUGCAUAAACCUCAUAAGCCAAUAGUACAUCAUCAUGAGGCAGUGCAUAAACCUCAUGAAUCAAUAGAACAUCAUCAAGAGGCAAUGCAUAAACCUCAUGAACCAAUAGAACAUCCUCAUGAGCCAAUGCAUAAACCUCAUGAUCCAGUAGUGAAUCCUCAUGAGCCAAUAGUACAUCAUCAUGAGCCAAUGCAUAAACCUCAUGAGCCAAUAGUACAUCCUCAUGAGGCAAUGCAUAAUCCUCAUGAACCAAUAGUACAUAAUCAAGAGGCAAUGCAUAAACCUCAUGAGCCAAUAGUACAUCAUCAUGAGACAAUGCAUAAACCCCAUGAGCCAAUGCAUAAACCCCAUGAGCUAAUAGUACAUCAUCAUGAGGCAAUGCAUAAUCAUCAUGAGCCAAUAGUACAUCAUCAUGAGCCAAUGCAUAAACCUCAUGAGCCAGUAGUGAAACCUCAUGAGCCAAUAGUACAUCAUCAUGAGACAAUGCAUAAACCCCAUGAGCCAAUGCAUAAACCUCAAGAGCCAAUAGUACAUCAUCAUGAGGCAGUGCAUAAACCUCAUGAACCAAUAGAACAUCAUCAAGAGGCAAUGCAUAAACCUCAUGAACCAAUAGAACAUCAUCAAGAGGCAAUGCAUAAACCUCAUGAACCAAUAGUACAUCCUCAUGAGCCAAUGCAUAAACCUCAUGAUCCAGUAGUGAAACCUCAUGAGCCAAUAGUACAUCAUCAUGAGCCAAUGCAUAAACCUCAUGAGCCAACCAUACAUCAUCAUGAGGCAAUGCAUAAACCCCAUGAGCCAAUAGUACAUCAUCAUGAGCCAAUGCAUAAACCUCAUGAGCCAAUAGUACAUCCUCAUGAGCCAGAACUAGAGAAAUCAAAGGAGUCAGAAGAAGGAAAGACAAAAGAAGAGGAGGAGGAAGGGUCUCAUAAACGCACAGCUGUUGAAGAUCCACACAAGCACUCAAAUGAGCACAGUAAAGGAGAGGAUGAAGUAAAACCCAUCCAUAAGUGGGAGAGAGAAGAUGAAGAGAAUAAAAAAGCUCUUCUGAAGUUCUUACUAUCUGGAGGGCAACAGACUGUACAGCUAAAAGGCAUCAUAUAUGACGACUUCAAAGGUGAGAAAGAAACGAAAAUGAGCGGAGAAAAGGAAGAAAGAGAAUUCAAAGUACAAUGUCACAAUAUUUACAAGAAUGAGGGAGCGUUCUCGAUAGAAUACAUUACAGCGUUUAUGACUGGAAGGGAACAGUUCAACCCUUUUCCCCUAACUAAUUCUCUCUCUUACUUUUCAGAGUGUAACUGUAAUACGAUGGGCUCAUUGCACGACCGCUGUAAUGGAACUGGCUUCUGUCAGUGUAAAGAAGGCACUAACGGAGUCAAAUGUGAUGAAUGUCUCCCCGGUUACUACUGGAAACAGGGUUGUUUUCCAAACGUGUGUGACGAUGAGUUACUCUUGUGUCAGAACGGGGGGACGUGCGUUCAGAAUCAACGCUGUAGCUGUACGCCGGACUUUAAGGGUGUUUUGUGCCAACAGUCGCGCUGCGACGGAGGCAAAAAGUGCAACGGUGCCAGUGCACUCACGCUGAGCCUGGCACUUCUGCUCUGCCCGCUCCUCGCCACCCUGCUGGGCUCCGCCGCCUCCUGAGAGACCCCUGCUUCCCCACCAGCGGGCACCGAGAGGGCCAGAUGCUCAGCUUCGCCCUCUACAGGGUGCAGAACGCCCUGCAGGACAACAAGAACGAGAAACAAAGACUCUCGUAGAGCUGGAAAUCAACAGAACUCAAAAUGUGCGCCUCACAUAUACGCUGAGGACGAAUAAUACCAAAAACACACACACUACACACACACACAAUCAACAAGAAGUGAGCUUCUUGUGCAAUAGCUGCAAAAUGUAAUACAAACCGCACUUCCUUCACUCUGAUUGGUCAGCGUAGGGGUCGUGUCCUCACAGUGAUCGGCGACUGUACGAUGUUUUCUGGAAAGGUCCAGCUUCAUGGUGUUUUUUACACUCCCUUGCUGCAGUUUUUAACAUUCAGAUGUAUGUAACGAGCGCUCACUGCUAUUCGCUAAAAAGCAAAGAGUAUGAUAUUAUUGUGUUAUAUCAUGACUAUUAAGAUUUUAGGCACUGUACCGCUGGUUGUUAUAGGAAUGUUUGUCGCCACAGUUAGAGAUCAUUGAUAUUUAUGAAGUAUUCAGGACACGAACACGCUAUUCAACUCACAAGAGAAGAUAUCUAAUCAAAUGGAAUUAUUAUAAAUCCACAUUAUUUGACUAUUUUUGGUAGAGAAUAUUUUUGUUUUGGAUCUACAUAAGAGGCAGAAGUUUUAUUACUCUGUAAACUUUACAGCACAUGUAUGAGAAUCUAUAAGGUAUGGUUUACAUUGUCAGGUAUUACCGAGGAUGAAUUUACACACUUAAUGUACCAAGCAGAAUUUAUUAGAUGGCAAACUCUACUGAAAUGUAUGGGGUGGGGUUUAUUACACUUUAGGGUUAACAGAUUUACAAAACUAAAAAAAAACUGAAUGAAAUGUUAUGACACUGUAAAUCUUACAGUAAAUGUGACUGUUACUUAGCCACGUUUGAGUUGUUUCUGUGUGGAUCAUUUCUUCUUCAUCACAUUUCAUAACCAUAACUUUUUUCCUGACAAUAACUUUAAAAACACAUAAAUUAAGCAUAGUCAAUUUAUAUGAAUUCUAAAACUCAGUCCUUUUGAACU